UUCGGGAGGAGCAUGUUCAGAUAAUUAAACACAUGUGGAGCACAUUCAGGUAAUCAAGCCUAAUUAGACACGAGUGGAGCACACUCCCAAUCAAUGAGGUAAGAGGUAUAUAUUCAGCAAACUUAACUCAGUUCUUUGACAGUCUAACAGCAUAUUGGUUUGACCUUCUUGCUACCAUGUCUCAACUCCAGCUCUUCCCAUCCGAUGAGGAAUCUAACUUCUCACCGGAUCCUCAGCCACAAUCAGCUGACCCAAGGACAACUCCUUCUCUACCCAACAUUUCAACUGAUCCUCAGGCUUCUCCACGCGGCCGCCUGCCUGCCCGAACAGCUACACGCUCGCCUAGACGCAGAGGCCAGCCCUCGCCUCCACCAGCGAGACAUCACAAUCCCUCCCCUGCUUCUUCCUAUCGCUCGGCCGUCCCAACAAUUCCACCAAUUGGAAAGUGGACAGUUUUAGGAUUGAGGCAAGCGCUGAUCAAUUCAGAUGUUCAGUUCUCGCGAAGGAUGAACAAAGCGGAACUAUACGCCUUGUAUGUAUCCUUGCAAUCAACUAACCUCUCUCCGAAGUCCAUGCCGGCCCCGAAAAGGACCAGCAGGCAAAGCAAAGCUCAGGAUUCACCUCGCUCGACAACACCACCAUCGCAGCGUACCAAAUCCAGUUCUCUUUCAGCAUCAAACCGCAGCAGAAGGCCUUCAGCAAGCUUGGGCCGCGCCCCAGUUCCUUCUGCUGUCAGACCUCGCCAGCAGGCUGCAGCUUUGGUUGAAACCAGGCCCGCCGACCUUCCCUCAGCAUAUCAGAACAUGGCUCCUGCUGUUUCUAAUAAUCCUUUUUCUUUUCAGUGGCCUCCAGCACCUGUCCCAGAUGCUAGCGCGAGGCUGCCUCCGCUAGCAUUGGAGGCCCAAUCAUUUCAACCUACCUUUACAACAGCUACUAAUCCCUCUUCUUUUCAGUGGCCAGCAGCUCCAGUAGCUCAAGCUAGCAUGAGGCUGCCUCCGCUUGCAGCACAAGCCCACUUUUCUCAGUUUCAACCUUCCUUUCCUUCUCAUACUUUUAAUCCUCUUCCCCAAGCCCCAGAGGCCAAUUCAAGCGUGAGGCUGCCUCCGCCGACAAUUGCAGCCCCGGCCUCGGCUCCUUUCAGCUCUCUUCUCCAGGCAAAAUCUCUCCACUCUCUCUUCACAGCAACUCAGAUGCCUGUCCCAUCGAACGCCGUUGCCGCGGAGCCGCCCCCAGUGUCCCACAACAUCCGAGCACAGAUCCUGUCAGAAAUUCAGGAUGCUGGCUCCAGAGGCAGACCAAUUCCCAACUCCAGUACCUCACUAUUCAGAACUAAUAUUCCCGUAACCCACCCUCUAAAACAACUCCUCGACACAUCACUGGACACCAUCCUCCAAGCAGUUUCUCCCAGGACCCUCCAAUCUUAUGUGACAGCUUGGAGGUGUUUUAAAGCAUUCCACUUCUCAUACACCUUGCCAUUCCCUGAUUUUUCUCUCCUUUCAAUCACCUCAUUCAUCUCCUACCUUAACAGCAUUAAGGGCCUCCAAGUUGGAACCAUCAAAGGUUACCUGAGCGGCAUCCAGUUUUUCCACAAAUUGAUGUACGGCGCUCCCUCCCCAGAGAUAAAUAAUUCACAAACCUCCCUUCUGGUCAAAGGAAUUCAACGAUCUCAUCCCACCCAUCCCGACACCAGACAACCCAUAACACUAGAUAUUCUCACAAAAUGUAUUCAUGCCCUCCGCACAGUCUACCAGCCUCUCGAGACAGCCCGUACACUCGAUGCUAUGUUUAUUCUAGCAUUUUUCGGCUUUCUUAGAUGCUCGGAACUCGCCAUCACUUCCAAAUUCGACCCAAGAGUCCACCCCACCAUCUCAGACUUAUCAGUACUGGAUAGUGAAACCAUCUCAUACUUGAUUAAGCAAAGCAAGACAGACCAAUCCAAAAAAGGCCAUUUCAUCUACAUCUUCAAACUCUCAUCGCCAAUCCAACCAUACCAAUCCAUUCAGGCAUAUCUUCAUUGGAGAAGCUCCCAGGCUAAAUCCCACCUUGAUCCCCUAUUUAUAGAUGACUCCAACAAACCUGUGACACGCUUUUGGUUCCAGAAACAUCUCAAAUCCGUUCUUCAACAGUCAGGCAUCCAAGCAAAACACUUCUCCAGUCACUCUUUCCGCAUCGGAGCAGCAACUUCAGCUGCCCAAAAAGGCCUCUCCCAGCAGCAGAUACAAGCUCUCGGAAGAUGGUCCUCAGACGCUUUCCAAAGCUACAUCAGGACCAACCGGUUCCACAUUAAAAAAGCCCACCAAACCCUCAUCGAAUAAAACCCUCCGGGUCGUCCACCUGGGUGUUCUUCCUUCUUCCAGUGAUCUAAAUUCCCAACUGACAAAGCAAAAAC